AUGGUGCAGGUUAUGAGAGUUCAAAGAAGAGUUGGAGAAGAGUUGGGACAAGGUGGUUUUGGUAUUGUUUAUAAAGGAAGUCUUCCUAAUGGCCAUCAAGUUGCUGUGAAGGUACUAACAAAAUCCAAGGAAAAUGGAGAGGAAUUUAUCAAUGAAGUUGCCAGCAUUAGCAGAACAUCUCAUGUCAAUAUUGUUAGACUUUUAGGGUUUUGUUUAGAUGGAUCAAAGCGAGCUCUUAUUUAUGACUUUAUGCCAAACGGAUCGCUAGAGAGAUUUAUUUUUAACAACAGCUAUGGUAUGAUGGUACUUGAAAUGGUCGGAGGAAGAAAAAAUCUUGAUGUUACCACAACAAGUAGCAGCGCAACUUAUUUUCCUCACUACCUUUAUAAAAAUAUUAAUCAGUACUGUGUAGAAGCUUGUGGUGACAAUGGUGAGGCUACAGAGAUAGUUAGAAAGAUGAUUCUAGUUGCAUUAUGGUGUAUUCAAACCAUGCCAGAUGAUCGUCCUUCAAUGAGUAGAGUGGUAAAUAUGUUGGAAGGUGACAUCAGUGAUCUACAACUACCACCUAAGCCAUAA